AUGUUUAGCGGCCGCAAGUUCUCCUUCAACCGUCACACCGGCGCUCCCAAGCCCAUGGCCAGACGUUUCUCCAACGCUGAGCCCGGUUCUAACGAGGUUCAAUCCAAAGUCCACCGCCAAUUCCGUAAUGCCCACGAAGGCCACAUGCCCCAUGCUGGUCUCGACGCCAGCCGCGCCUCCACCGGUGUCGUUUGGUGCACUGAGCGCGCUUGCGAGUAUGGCUUCAUGGAGCACCCCGAGGAAUGGGCCAAUCUCGGCCAGGGCGCCCCCGAAGUCGAAGAUGACAUUGCCGGCUGCUUCCCCCGCCCCAACACUAUCGACAUCUCCAUGGCUGCUCGCGAGUAUGGCCCCACAGCCGGUAUUAAGCCUCUCCGCGAGGCUGUCGCCAAACUCUACAACGAGUCCCACCGCAAGGGCAAGGAGAGCCAGUACACUUGGGAGAAUGUCGCCAUUGUCCCCGGUGGCCGUGCUGGUCUGAUCCGUAUCGCCGCCGUCCUUGGCACCUCGUACCUGUCAUUUUUCUUGCCCGACUACACGGCUUACAAUGAAAUGCUGAGCUUGUUCAAGAACUUUGCUGCCAUUCCCGUUCCUCUCUCCGAGGACGAUGGCUACCAUAUUCACCCGAAUAAGAUUGCCGAGGAAAUCUCUCGCGGUACAUCCGUCAUCCUUACAUCCAACCCUCGAAACCCUACCGGUCGUGUCGUCGCGAACCCCGAGCUUGCCGAGAUCCAGGAUAUUUGCCGUGGCCGUGCCACCUUUAUCAGCGACGAGUUUUACUCCGGCUACAACUACACCAGCAACUGCGACGGAACCACCAUCUCUGCUGCUGAGAACGUCGAGGAUGUCGACGAGGACGAUGUCCUGAUUAUUGAUGGCCUUACCAAGCGAUUCCGACUUCCUGGUUGGAGAAUCGCGUGGAUCCUUGGUCCCAAGGAAUACAUUAGCGCCAUUGGCUCUUGCGGUAGCUACCUUGAUGGCGGUGCCAACCACGCAUUCCAAGAGGCUGCUCUGCAGUUCCUUGACCCUAACCUUGUCCAGCAGGAGAUGGUGCACCUGCAGCGUCACUUCCGCGACAAGCGUGACUUUGUCGUCAAGCGCCUCCGCGAAAUGGGGUUUGUCAUCAAAUACGUUCCCGACUCUACCUUUUAUCUCUGGCUGAACCUGGAGGGUCUCCCCGAGGCCAUCUCUGACGGUCUCAACUUCUUCCAGGCCUGCUUGGAGGAAAAGGUCAUUGUUGUACCUGGUAUCUUCUUUGACCUGAACCCUUCACGCCGUCGUGAUUUGUUUGACUCGCCCUGCCACCACUUCGUGCGAUUCUCGUACGGCCCAAGAAUGGACGUCCUGACCAAGGGUCUGGACAGGAUUGAAAAGGUCGUCACCAAGUUCAGGAAGCAGGCCGCGGAGAAGCAGGCUUAG